UUCCGGCCGCGCCGCCUGUGUUCGCGCGCGGCUUGACGCAGCUGCGAGGCGAACGGGAGGCUCCGCGGAUCAAUUUGAGCCCCGGGUUGGAAUCGGAAUAUGCGGCGCUGCUGAUCUCCGUAUCGGGCUGCGUCUCCUCGUCUGAUCUGUGGGCGUGACGGUGGACUCCAGGUGAUAGUCUGCACCCGGCUGUAUGCAGCCUCCUGCCCGGGGUCCAGUCUAAGUCCUGACGCUCCUCCUCCUCCCUCUGUUCCCCACCCACCACCCCCCCUCCUCACCCCCCCGCCUGCCCCCCUCCUCACCGGCCGGCUCCCAGGAGGCCGUGCAGCGCUCGUCCCGGCCCGGCAGCCUGGCUGCCCCUCCCAGGUGGAUGAAUGAAGACCCCAUUCAAGAGCCCAGCGGCCCCGCGGCCCCGAGCCGACAGCGGGCAUUCAGGCGUGUCUGCGAGCAUGAUGAAGAAGAAGAACUCACACAAGAAGCAGAGGACCAGUGUUGGUCCCAGUAAGACUCUGGCUCAGCCCAGGAGGAACAUCGUGGGCUGCAGGAUCCAGCACAUCUGGAAGGAAGGCAGUAAAUCCUCCCAGUGGAAGGGGACGGUGCUGGACCAGGUUCCCGUUAACCCUUCGCUCUACCUGAUCAAGUACGACGGCUUCGACUGCAUCUACGGCCUGGAGCUGUACAGCGACGAGCGGGUGGUGGGCCUGGAGGUGCUGCCCGACCGCGUGGCUCCGGCCCGCGUGAGCGACUCGCUGCUGGCCGAGACGAUGAUCGGCAAGGCGGUGGAGCACAUGUUUGAGACGGAGGAGGGGCCGAAGGAGGAGUGGCGGGGCAUGGUGCUGGCCCGCGCCCCCAUCAUGACCACCUGGUUCUACAUCACCUAUGAGAAGGACCCGGUGCUCUACAUGUACCAGCUGCUGGACGACUACAAGGAGGGAGACCUGCGCAUCAUGCCCGACUCCAACGACAGCGUCCCGGCGGAGCGGGAGCCAGGUGAGGUGGUGGACAGUCUGGUGGGCAAACAGGUGGAAUACGCCAAAGAGGACGGUGGGAAGCGGUCGGGGAUGGUGAUCCACCAGGUGGAGGCCAAGCCGUCCGUCUACUUCAUCAAGUUCGACGACGACUUCCACAUCUACGUCUACGACCUGGUCAAGACCUCCUAAGGCCCGACGGGAAAACAAAAACUCGGUUCAAGACCCCAAAAGACUCGCCGAGACCUGCUAAGACCGCCGAGACACGCCCCCCCAAACACUCACACACACACACACACACACACACACACAGAGACAAGAAAAACACGACUUGGUCCGAGACCCGCCCCGAAACCCCCCCGGCAAGACGGACCCACCACAGACUCGGGUUUCAGACCUGCUGAGACCGGAUCGUCCACGUUUUUGGUCGAGACUUUCUCAGACCGGAUCGGACGCCGCCUCCUGAAAUCCGUUCAGGCAGAAAAUUGGUUCCAGAGCCCCGAAGAAAGAACAUCAGAGGCGCGUACGUUCAUCGGAGGCGCGUACGUUCAUCCUCGGCAUAAAGCCACAAGAAAAAUCUACAAAAACAUCGGAAGCCCCUUGGCGCCGUGUUUGCUGCGUUUUCACCGCUUUGCCGUGAAAACGCAGCUCACGACUGCGCGGCGACUUCCUCCCAGCCGACACCGACGACGAAAUCACAGCUCAAUGACACGACACUCUUUACGGAAACUCUGACAUUGUGAGGCGAGGCGGGUCUGCGACCUGGAAAGACGCCGAAAAGACGACAAGAUCCCGCGGCAAAGACCCCCCUCCCCCCCGCACCUGAAACCCGCUGAGACCGCAGAGAUCCGGGGAGGGAGCGGACCGGUCUGAGUCUGAUGGGGUUAAUGAAGGGAUGGGCUUUCCAAAAUAAACACACACACACACACAAUAACAAAACCAACAAACAAACAAAAAAAAAGGAAGAUUGGUCGAGGCCCCGCCCCCACCCACUCCCAAAAAACACAAACUUUGUCCUGAAUCUCUGCGGCGUCUUCAGCGAAACAUCAUCCGUUCAUAAGUCGGUCUGCAGCCUUGUUUUUUUGAACGUCCUGCAUUCAUAGACUCCUUCGUGUGAGACUGGAUCCAUACACCACCGAAACACACACACACACACAUACACACACACACAUUGUAAAUGGACCAUUCUACUCUUUGACAGGAAGUACAUGAAGAACGCGUCCAGCGCGGCGGCGGGACGUUUCACCGCGAGUCGCCUCCCGAGGAGCAAAAGACGCUCGGCGGAGUUAAAAGACGAGUGUGACUGGAAAAGCCGAGCGGAGAGUCCCACACGUUCUCAUUUCAUUUUUUAAAAAUGUUUUAUGUCUGCUGAACGUUUGGCCGUUGACCCCCGCAGAAGGAUAAGUCUCGUGUGUAACUUUGCCGGGACGGUGAGGAUCCGCUGUUCGAUCCCAGGUGACUGAUGAUGCUCACAUCCCGGGGUUUUUUUUGUUUGUUUGUUUGUUUGUUUGUUUGUUUUCCAGGAAAGUGAAGAGUUGAAAAUGUUUGUCCCUGCUUUUUGUCUGGAGAUGGGAAAUUGUCUCUUUUCUGAAUAAUCCCAGUGAGAAGGUGGACUGAAGGGGAAAAGCGCUUUCUGUUGGACAUGAAGGGGUUGGUUUUGUUUUUUUUUAAUUUUCCGUCGAGGUCAGGGGGUCGAUCCGCAUGUCGGUUUUCACGCAUCGUCUUGUUUUUUCUUUUUUUUGGGAGUUGAAUUAUUUUUCUGUUCAUAUUCAACAUUUGACCAAAAAACUCCAAGCAGAUUCUGAGACUGUCAUCCGUUAUUUUGUUCGUCUGAAGGGUGAAAAGUCUUUGGAACGGCAUUCAGACGGUCACGGGACACUAAAGCUCCAAACGACGUGUUCACGCACGCUCCAGAUGAUGAGUAUCGAUCGAUUCCGUUAGGCGUGUGAUCAGUCAAACUAAAGCGCUCUCGGAGGGUGCGUUCGUUUCCCGGCUCGGGGCGGCGGGGCGGGGCGGGGCGGGGCGGUCGGUACCUCCAACCCCAGAGAAUCAUGGGAAGUUGUUUUAGAGUUGUUGUUUUUUUUUUUUUUUUUUUUUUUUGUGGCUCUCCUUGUUCUUCUUCUUCUUCGGUGGUGGAGUUCUCCGCCCUCCCGCUCUCACAUCGCCGCGCCGUAAACGUCUUCAUGUUUAUAUCUACCGGCACAUACGGAUCGUCUUUAUUUUCUUUGUGUAUUAAUCUCUUUAUUUUCUUCAUUGUAUCCCUCGCUCGUUGUAUUUUGGUCUCUUGCGGUCCGGUCUACAGAAACUUUCGACCCAGACGUUGGAGGAGGCCGGUGCCGACGGUCCGUCACCGGUUUCAGGAACCGGUUUAAAGCUGGAACGUGAGGCGGAGCGACGGAGGAGCGGAUCCCAGCCAGCAGCAGCUCGGCCGUCCUGUCGGUCGCUGAAUUAUUUUUUAUUAUUAUUAUUAUUAAAACCGUUUGCCGAUUGACGAAUCUCUCGGCUUCCUCGUGGAAAUCCGUCUCCUCCCUCCUGAGCGUUUAGAUCCACCUCCCUCCUGCUAAAAAAACAAACAAAAAAACAAAGUCACUUUAUUAAUUCUUUAAUAAUAAAUUCAGAGUUGUGGGCGUCGGAGCGAAAGCAGCCGUGUUGCCUGUUCCACAUCGACGUGCCUGAAGGGGCUGGGGGGCCUUUUCCUCUGGGUUUGUUUUAUUUUUCCUGUGAAAAUCAGGGAAGAAUCCUGUUUUUUUUUUUUUUUUUUUUCAUGGUUGAUUUCACUCUUUGCUGCGUUUCCUCGUCUCUGAUUCCAGAAACACCGACCCGCCCGGCCGGUGGAACGUCAGACGUUCUCGCUGCAGAACCCGCAGAUUCCAGAGCGUUCCUGGAUAACGGCGCGUCGAUUUGCCGACUCGCAAUCCACGUGUUCUCGUUCUUCUGGACUCGUUUUGUCCUGCCCUCUUUGGCGCAUCAGAUCCAGGUUCUAGAACGUUCGGCCUGCUGUUGUUUUGUUGUUUUGUUGUUGUUGUUCUCUCCGUUAGAAGCCGCUCGCUCUGCUCGCAGAACGUCACGCUCUCAUCCUCGAGUCCAAAUGUUCACUCCGGCUGUUUUCAGCUCGCCAUGUUUUUUUUCCGUCAACUGGUCGUGGAUUUCUGAAACGCGUCACGUGCGCCGCGUCAGCAGAGGAACCCAUGCCGUUACCCACAAUGCCUCUGGGCUGUGACAAUCCUCCAGAAAAGUGUUUUUUUUUUGUUUGUUUGUCUCAUUUACAGUGAAAUGAACCAGAACCUGUGGGUGACGCCGUGGAGACUCGUCCCGGCUCAGCUGGAGACCGGGCUGCGACUCGUACGGGGGCUUUUAUUUUGAAGGACAGCGGAUCAGUGUCUUUAAAAUCUGGCCGUUUUUACUUAAGAGAACGCUCCGAUUCUGACAGCCAGCAGUGUUUACGUGGUUUGUCGGGUCAGAUUUGGGGUUCAAAUUGAACAUUUGCUCAUUUUCCACGCAGCCGUUCAGAGUUUCUCCCAGCAAAACAAAAUAAAGGUUUUCUCUCGGCGGAGGGCGACGUCGCCAUCGGGUCGGUCGGUUCAUGCCCCGCCGGGCAGCAAACAGCACUUAUUUUUACCGACAGCCCCGAAUCAGAAAACAGAAACAUCAGUCUGACCUUCACUUCUGUGUCUUUCUUGUGUUUUAACAAAAAUCUCUGGUUUUGGUUUGGAAAUCUGUACAUUUUGUCAUUUUUAUCGAUGAAAGGGUUAUUAUAAAAGAAUAAUCUGUUUUGUGUCUGUAGUAGGUUUGACUCUGGUUGAUUUUUUUUUUUUUUUUUUUUUUUAAAGGCUGAUGUGUCUUUUUUUUUGUACUGGAGCUGGUGAUGGCUGAUCUGUUUUUUAUAUUGCUUGUCAUGAUCCUUAAAUUUGACCAUGUUGGUGCCGGAAACAGACGAGUGUUGUCGUCGUCUUGUCACAAAACAAAAAAAAUGUUUGUGAGGUUCUGGCUGUUUUUUUUUUUUUUUUUUUUUUUUUUCAUGUCUUAAUGUUC